GGAGCAACUGAAGCUUGGAAGUCCACUCAUUACUCAGUAUACUCAUAUGAGGUUCCAAAUGAUAUGUGAAAUUAGAAGACAGCCCAGACGAUGAAUUCUUGCUCUGCAAUGGCGACCAUUCUCAAAACACCUUCCUUUCUCUCCCCUCUCAACCAAAAGUUGAAUUAUGUUAGCCUUUCUCCCACAACUACAAACAUGCAGUCCAAAUUUUGUCAUGGUAGUGUCAGAAAUGGGAGAUGGCAUGUUCCUAGCGUUGCUAUAAAAGCUCAGGCUGCUGUUGAAGGGGAUGUACUUGACAAAGAAUCAGUCUCUAUCAAUGAAGAAAGUGAUUAUGGGGUCGUUGGUAUGCACCAUGUUGGAAUUUUAUGUGAAAGUCUUGAAAGAUCCCUUGACUUUUAUCAAAACGUUCUUGGCCUCAAGAUAAAUGAAGCAAGGCCAAAUGAUAAGCUUCCAUACAGGGGUGCUUGGUUGUGGGUAGGCUCUGAGAUGAUUCAUUUGAUGGAGCUUCCAAAUCCUGACCCUUUAACUGGACGACCGGAACAUGGUGGUCGAGAUCGUCACGCAUGUAUUGCAAUAAGGGAUGUUUACAAGCUGAAGGAAAUCCUUGAUAAAGCUGGUAUUCCCUACACGCUUAGUCGUUCUGGAAGACCAGCAAUCUUUACACGUGAUCCUGAUGCAAAUGCUCUAGAAUUUACACAAGUUGAUGUUUGAUGCUUAUGGAUAUUACAUGCCAAAUCACACCCCUUUGGCGCCACAAGUCCCCCGAAGGUAGAAAUAAAUGUAGAAAUGAUUACAUGUAUGUAAAGGCUGAAGGGACUAAUAGGCCAUGGUAAAGUUGUCUGCUAUGCAGUGGCUUUAUAGCAGCAAUACAGUACUGGUCAUCAUAUAUAUUGCACACCUGUAAGGAUAAAUGGAACGUGACUGCUGAGAAUUAAAGUUGAAAUUAUACGAGAUAAGAUUGUGGAUA